ACUUAAGGUACUUAAGGUAUAUAAUCCAAAAUGUAGAUACCUACAUAUGGUAGUUUCCACAACUAGAUAUAAUUUCUAACGAGGAACUAGCUAGAAAUGAAAACUAAUCAAUAAGAAGAAAGGAAUAAUAUAGCCUCAACUAAUAUUUCAAAGUUACAAGCCUCUAUAAUCUACAAUGUCAGUUGCGUUGAUCACAGCGGGAAGCGCCGGACUUGGUGCGGCAACGGUUCGGCUUUUCGCUAAGAACGGCUUCCGGAUUAUCGUGAACUACGCGAAUAACGACCAGAGAGCGAAUAAACUCAUAGAAGAAUUGCCAGCAAUUUCUACUCUACCCCAAGAUGGCGGACGUAGUAAUUUCAUCGCUAUCAAAGCUGAUCUGGGUAAUCGAGAUGAUGUGAACCGCCUCGUCAGAGAGAGCAUUGAUAAAUUCGGUCGAUUAGAUGUUGUCUUCUCCAAUGGUGGUUGGACUCGAUACCGUGGUAUGGAUAGCAUCGAUGAUAAUGCAUACGAAGAGGAAUGGGAUCGCUCCUUUAACAUGAAUGUGAAAUCCCAUCUAUGGCUGAUGCAAGCUGCAAAGAAGCAUCUUGACGAAACCGAGGGCGCCUUUAUUACUACAGCUUCCACCGCUGGUAUAUCCAUUAGCGCUAGCUCUCUGGCCUAUGCUGUCACUAAAGCCGCACAAAUACAUCUAGCGAAGGCAUUGGCAUCUAUGGCAGCCCCCAAAAUCAGAGUGAACAGCGUUUCGCCAGGAUUAUUAAUGACGGAAUGGAUAGACGACUUCCCCAAAGAAAGCAAAGAAACCCAUCUACAGAAAACCAAGCUAAAGCGUUUCGUCGCCGUCGAGGACGUGGCCGAGCAGGUUCUUACCUUCGCGAGGAAUAAGAGUAUGACGGGGCUGAACGUUGUAGUGGACGCUGGGUUUACCUUAUGAUCUCGUCACGGGAUGAUGUAGACUAGAUAUACAGACAAUAGUUGUAUGUGUUAGUCAUAGUAGAGAUGGCUGGAAAGUGCUUGUAGGUUUGUGGUUCUUAUUCUAGGCGGCUCAACUUAGGCUCCCAUCAAAGUCGAGGAAUGGCGCACGCCUCUUUUGUAUAUACGAGUAGUAGUACAGAGGCAGAAUUGAGACGGUAUUAAGAUCGCGUGUCUUAUUAAAAAGGUCAUGUGGUUGCUGUUGCCUUGUUGUGGUAGGUUCGCAUGACUCAUCAAAAUGAAAGUUAUAAAAUGAAAUGAAACUAUUGAA